CCAGAAUGCCUAGUGGCGGGUGGAGCUACUCGGGGCAGUUUGUUCAGUUCAGGGAAAGGAGAAGCGGUCUGGACUAGAGCUUGGACUUCUCGCUGAGUGACAGCGUGUGAGAACAUUAGCUAUGACGUCCCUGAUCAAAAAGGUGAUCAGCACGGCGAAAGCCCCGAAGGCCAUUGGGCCCUACAGUCAAGCUGUGUUAGUCGACAGGACCAUUUACAUUUCAGGACAGGUCGGCAGAGACCCUGCAAGUGGACAGCUUGUGCCAGGAGGGGUAGUAGAAGAAACAAAACAAGCUCUUAACAACAUAGGCGAGGUUCUGAAAGCAGCCGACUGCGACUUCACCAACGUGGUAAAAGCAACUGUCUUGCUGGCUGACAUAAACGAUUUUGGUGCUGUCAAUGAAGUCUACCAACGAUAUUUCAAGAGUAAUUUUCCUGCUCGAGCAGCUUAUCAGGUUUCUGCUUUGCCUAUGGGAGCCCGAGUGGAGAUCGAAGCAGUGGCUGUGAAAGGGCCACUCACAACAGCCUCGCUCUGAACAGGCCCACAGCUGCGACUUGGGCAUUUCCAUCAUGGCUUCAAUCAGUGUCUUAAUUUUUAUAAAUGAUGUUGGAAAGGGCAAGUGUGACUAAAACAUAUAACAUUACAGAAAUUCCAUCUCGUGGGCAGAUCUGACACGAGUCAGUCGCUGCAGGAUGAAUUACACUGAGGCACACCCAUGCUGCACGGUGUGAGGGGAGGGACGUCGCAGUCGCAGUCACAAAAGUGGAAGAGAAAGAGCCUGCAGAAGGAGGAGUCAGUCCUGGGAAAUAAUACGGAGCGCACCGGUUUAGUUAAAUCCUCUUAAUUUAGCGGGCAAAAUAU